AAACUGGUUGCCAUGUCCUCCAAGAAGACAGCAGACCAUGAGAAUGACUCGGUCGUCUACUUCAAUGACGCUGGCGACGAACUAAAGUUGGAAAAUGAAAGACAGAAAAAGGAUGGUUGCGUGGGCUGUCUGCGUGAAAACCUCUUCGUGAUCCUCAUCCUCAUCGGAGUGGCCGUAGGAUUCGGAAUCGGAUUUGGUGUAAGACAGUUGAACCCCUCCCCAGUGGCUAUUACCUGGAUUGAAAUGCCAGGCGAAAUUUACAUCCGAAUUCUUCAGUUGGCCGUCCUACCUCUUAUUGCUUCCAAUCUUAUUGUUGUCAUUUCCUCGCUGGAUCCGAAGGAGCACGGGCUUGACAGUCUGCUAACGGUAGCAUACAUCAUUUUCUUCAAUUUUGCCGGAGCUGCAAUAGGCACCACAAUGGCUACCUUAAUAAAGCCAGGUUUGUCAAUUUACUACCUAAAAGCCUUCCUUUCAGAAACAUCGUUUCGUGUCGGCGUAAACAUGACAGCAUCGGCAGAAGUCCAGGACAGGGAACUUACUCCUACCUCGUCGGAUGUAUUCGCUGAUCUUCUGCUAAACAUGUUUCCGGACAACAUCGUUGGAAUGACCCUGUUUAGUGAUCUUGAUUUGAGCCUCACCGCCAUAGUACUCUGCACUUUUAAAAGGUUGCUUUGUAUCCUCAUCAUCAUAGUCAAUACAACCUUCUGUUCACAAUUCUCAGGCGUUCUUCUCACCUGUAUCGCAUUCGGUCUGGCGGCUAGAAAGGCUGGGGAGAUUGGGAAGCCCUUCUUGGACUUCUUUCGGUCCCUCUCUGGAGUCGUUCUCAAACUCGUAAACGUAUUUUUGCAAUGCACACCAGUGGCAGUUGCCUUCAUGAUUGCCGCCGCAAUACUGAAUGUCGAGGAUAUUACAACAGCCUUUGCAGGCUUGGGAAUGUUUGUUCUUACUGUGACGGCGGGCCUCGGUGUCCUCUUCUUCCUGUGGAUUAUCGUGUAUGGAGCAAUCGCUCUUCGAAAUCCAUUUAUCUAUCUACGUUAUAUGGUAAAAGCUUGGUUCAUCGGCUUUGCAACUACCAGCCCGGUAGUGGCACUACCAGAAAUCUUUGACGGCUGUGAUCGGUACGGCGUGGAUAAGUUGGUUUCGAGAUUUAGCUGUCCUCUUCUGGCGACUCUACUGGCGGACGGACCAUCAGUCUUUAUCAGCAGCGCCGCCGUCUUCGUUGCACAAACAGGACCAGAAAUGCCGUCAGCUGGGAAACUAGUCAUUAUCUGGCUUUUAACAGCUGUCUCCGCACUGGCCAUCCCGCCGAUCCCAAGCGCCAGUAUAGUGAUCACAAUGACCAUCCUCUCUUCCGCCGGUUUCUCAACUGCAAACGCUGCUUACCUUUAUGCUGUCGAUUGGCUUCUGUAA